AUGGCUAGUCGGGUCAAAGAAGACGAGAAACACGAGCGUGUGAUUAGGGGUCUUCUCAAACUUCCUGAGAACAAGAGGUGUAUUAACUGUAAUAGCCUGGGACCACAAUAUGUCUGCAUUACUUUCUGGACUUUCGUUUGCACAAACUGCAGUGGGAUACACCGUGAGUUUACACACCGUGUGAAGUCCGUGUCGAUGGCAAAAUUUACUUCACAGGAGGUUACUGCUCUACAAGAAGGUGGGAAUCAGCGUGCUAAGGACAUUUAUCUUAAAGGAUUGGAUCAAUCGAGACAGUCAUUACCUGAUGGAAGUAAUGUAGACCAGUUGCGGGACUUCAUCAGAAAUGUUUAUGUGAAUAAAAGAUACACAAAUGAGAAGAGUGAUGAGAAGCCUCCAAGGGGACAAAUGGGGGACAGAAAUGAUCAGAAUGAGACUCGUAGUUCUAGUGGAUCUCGAAGUCCGCCUUUUGAAGACACAUAUGAUCGUCGUUACAGUGACAGAUCAAGUCCUGGUGAGAGAAGUCCUGGUUUUGAGCCAAGUAGCAGGAAAUUUGGUGAUUUCACCAAAAGCCCUUCUCGUCCUGAGGUAGUGAAUGAUUGGCGAAGAGAGGAUAGAUUUGGGGGUGGAAGAAAGUCAGAAGAGGGAUCUCAAUCACCUGAGCAAGUAAAAGACUUUGGUUCAUCUAGCCCUCCUGUGGCUCGACCUGUUAGGGAAAUUUUGAGUGAGAGUGUUGCUCCUCUUCGCAUUGCAGAGCCUCCGAAACCCGAAGUCAACAGAACUAUUGAUCCUCCAGCACAUGCAAAGAAAACUGUAUCAUCUAGUGGCUUGGCUUCUACAAAUGAGAAUCCACAAGGAGUGAAGCUGGAGCCUACUGUUAGCCUGAUUGAUUUUGAUGAUGACCCUGAGCCUUCUGUUGCACCAGCAGUUGUGACACAAGCACCGCAAUUACCAACAUCUCAGCCUGUAAUGCAGCCAACAAGUUCAUCUAAUGAUAAUUGGGCAUCUUUUGACAAUGUCCCUAGUGUAAACAUAUCUCAAGCUCGACCCAGUGGAAACACGGUGGAUUCACUUCUCUCUCAGUUGGAAGUGUCUUCUUCAGUGCCAGUUCAGACAUCUGGGCUACCUAGUGGACCUGGUGCGUCAACAAAUAUGACUACCUUUCCAACGAAUCCUUCUGCUGUUGGACAAUGGCCUGGUGUUCAGCAGCCGUCUCCUUCUUUGUUACCUGCACAUCUCGGUCAUCAUGCGCCGCAUGAUUUCGCACCACCACUGAAUGGACCAUCAAGCGGACAGACAUGGAACACAGGAUUUACAUCUAAUGUUCCAAGGUCAGUGAGCGCACCGUCUUUGAAACCUUUUCUUGGAGGGUCUCAGGGGGCCACUUCUGGUGGUUUGCAGCCUUCUGAAGUGAAACCUUCCGGAAGAACAGAAUUACCCGCGGAUCUGUUCACUGUAACGUACCCGUCAUACCACCAUGCAGCAGUGCCUGGCUGGCAAACGGGUCCACAUCAUGGUAUGGGCUACGGAAUGCAGCAGUACAACCCUAGUGUGCCUUUCCAGAAAUUUCAGCAGCCGGCCAAGUCAGUGAACCCUUUUGAUUUUAGCAAUGAGCCGCCAUCACAGAAUCAAAUGGCAACACACUUUUCUUCCAUGGCAUCUAUGCAAGGUGCUCUACCUAAUACAUUACCUCCUUCGGGCAUGAUGCGAACUUCCAGCCUUGGUGCUGUUUCACAAGCAUGGAUGCCUUCUCAAGGAGUACAUAAUCCUCCCGGUUUAUCAGGCCAUCCAUCUGCAAUGCCACCAAGGUACAUGCCUCCUCAAGUACCAGGCAACAAUCCACCGAGCAACAUGAGUGCUCCAUAUGGAUAUGGUAAUCAACAAACAGGUCAUCAUUUUGGAAGCCCAUUUGCAGCACCUCCUUCAAACCCACCUUCAGGAGGAAACCCAUUCGGGUAA